GAGAAGAAAGUUGUGCCAAAUAGCUUUAAAAUUCAUACUAAUAUUGUUGUUUUACUUUGUAAGUAAAAAUCCCGGCGUAACAUUAGGAAUAAAUAAAUAAAAUAAAAUAAAGGUGUUUCGUCCAGAAUUUACACGCUUUAAGAUGUUUUAAGUUGCUGAUCGUAAAUAUCCCCAAAAAUCCAAAUGCCAGUGACUUCGUAGCCGAAUGUGCGGUUUGAGAGGCACCGGUGCCAAAUCUUUGUGUGCGUAAAGGUGGAUUUUUAAAGCUCGCGAUCCGACGCUGUCAUCUCGAUAAUCCUCCAGAAUCAGUACGAGCGCGUCUGGCGUUUAAUUGAGUUAGUCGCGUCCUCCUCUAACCUCAGGCGCGUCCGGGCCCGUUCUUCCUCCGCUGCGCUUAUUCCACGUGUAUAUUUUUAUUUAGAGCAGAACCCUUGUACUUUGGGGAAGUGAAGUUGGAAGGAGAUAAAGCCACUUGCACUGUGCGAAGAUCAAACCCGCGAUAAGCCUGAAUCAGCGGUUGGACAGAGGAGCUGGCUGUUUUGGCUGACUCACUUUUACUGUUUAUAUUUUACUUGGCAUAAGAUGAAUUUCAUCCCUUCAUCGAGGCACUCCUCCCCCACGUCCGGGCCAUUGCCUACACGUGGUUCAACCUCCAGGCCCGAAAGCGCAAGUACUUCAAGAAGCACGAGAAGCGGAUGUCCAAGGACGAGGAGCGCGCGGUGAAGGACGAGCUGCUGAGCGAGAAGCCAGAGGUCAAGCAGAAGUGGGCGUCCCGGCUGCUGGCCAAGCUGCGCAAGGACAUCCGGCAGGAGUACCGGGAGGACUUCGUCCUCAGCGUGACGGGCAAGAAGCACGCGUGCUGCGUGCUGUCCAACCCCGACCAGAAGGGCAAGAUCCGCCGCAUCGACUGCCUGCGGCAGGCCGACAAGGUGUGGCGCCUGGACCUGGUCAUGGUCAUCCUCUUCAAAGGCAUCCCCCUGGAAAGUACGGACGGCGAGCGCCUCGUCAAGUCGCCGCAUUGCACCAACCCAGCACUUUGUGUCCAGCCGCACCACAUAACAGUAUCAGUCAAGGAGCUGGACUUGUUCCUCGCGUACUAUGUCCAGGACCAAGACUCGCAGCAGUCAGGAAGUCCCAGCAACAAUGAGCAAGGCAAAAACCCUCUUCCAGUCUACUUGGAAGACAGCUUCAUCAAAUCGGGAGUCUUCAGCGUUGCAGAGCUGGUGCGCGUGUCCCGGAUGCCCAUCACCCACGGAGCGGCCGUCAACUUCUCCAUGGCCGACAUGCCCAGCCAGCCCUACUACCACGACCUGAACUCCAGCAUGGGGCUGCACCGCUCCCUGUCCUCUCCUCCCGGCAGCAAGAGGCCCAAAACCGCCAGCAUGGAGGAGAACAUGGACACCAGCCCCACGGGGCCCGACUUCUACUCGUCGCCCAGCUCGCCGGCCAGCAGCCGGGCCAACUGGCACGACCGGGAAGGAGCAGACAUGUCCUCUCCCACCAUGAAGAAGCCGGAGAAGCCACUGUUCAGCCCCACCUCUCCGCAGGACUCCUCACCACGACUCAGCACUUUCCCUCAGCCCCACCACCCGGGCCUCACAGGUGUAGGACACAGUGUUAUCUCGACGAGGAGCCCCCCCCCACACUCGCCGCUGCAGUUCUCGGCUUCGGCCAUACUGCCCCCUGCGCCGUCGCCCUACUUCUCACACCCGACCAUCCGCUACCCGCCCCACCUCAACCCCGCUGACCCCCUCAAGAGCUACGUGCCGUCGUACGACCCGUCCAGCCCUCAGAGCAGCCAGCCGAACAGCAGUGGUCAGGUGGUGGGAAAGGUCCCGGGCCACUUCACCCCGGUCCUGGCUCCCUCUCCACAUCACAGCGCUGUACGACCCGUCUCGCUGUCCAUGCCCGACACCAAGCCCAUCACCACAUCCACAGAAGGCUACUCUGCCCCUGGCACCCCGACGGCUAAUCGUUUUGUAGGCCUGAGCCCUAGAGAUCCCACCUUCCUCCACCAGCAACAGCUGAGGAAGUGUGACUGGAGCGUGACUCAAAACGGGCGGCAUUAUGGCCCCAGUGCCACUGACGACACUUUGGGGAUUACUUGGCAAAGUCCUGGUACCUGGGCGAGCUUAGUUCCAUUCCAAGUGUCGAACGGGACUCCGAUUCUGCCAACAAAUGUCCACCAGAACUACAGCAUAAACAUCAUUGGUGAGCCCCUGGUCCCCGCGGAGACGGGGAACUGAACAGGCCGCGGCUGGACGCCCCCGGGUGGACGGAUGGGCGCGUGGGGGUGUUGGCGGCGCAGAGCUGGCGCUACAGGUGUCUGCAGCCAUGGAUGAAACCAGCAAAGCAGCAGGAGCUGCACAAUCCUCCCUUUGCAACCCUUCCCUCCGGUCACGCCCUUCACGCCCCCCGCUCCCGUCCCUCCCCCCACACCGGACCCUGGCCAUGAAGUGAACACGUGAUGAGAGCGGGAAAAAAAGAAGAAAUCGCUUCAGGUCAGCUGUCCUGUCCUGUCCUGUCCUGUCCCGGCCCGGUCCGGUCCGGUCCGGUCCGGUCUACGCAUCCAACACCCACCAGUCAGUUGCUGUGUUUGCAGAACUUUUCAAUCCAUUCAAAUACUGUGAUGUAUAGAUGCCUUAAUGUUUUAUUGCAUGACACUCUAGUCUCUUAGCGGCAAUUCCUACUCUUUUUCCUUGUUUGGGGAAGAUGUAAAAUCUUGAUUUACACACACACAAGUCUGCGCAUCUACACCUCUGCCUGGUGGAUGAGUCUCAGGCCUCUUCAGAAGAGGUUCUCCCACGUCAAACGAGUCACUGUGUGAAUUCAGAGCGUUUCUUCCUCCGUUUGAGUUCAGUUUACUGUGAUACGAGUCUUUGUUCAGAAAAUGUGUCGACUGUGUUGAUUCUUUACUGCUACUUACUUCACGAAUUAAUGUAAACGCUUACAGCAAGAGUUGAGAACUCUUCUUGCGGUUUUCAAAAAACACUAAAUGUUAGACUUGAGAUUGGACCCCUCGUUAAAGAAUUUGCAACUCCUUUACAAAAGGACUAAAAGAAAAAAAAUCUCAUUAGAGGCAAGUGCAAUUUAAUUUCUGAAGGGAAGCUAUCAGUCUGUCAGCCCUAAGACUCUAAAGGAAGGGGGAUAAAUAAUAAAUAGUUUUAUGGGUAAAAUGUUUAAGACAUUUGAAUUUGAUUUCAGUUACAUAUCCGUCUUCUCGGAUGAGAAAAAACAUCAAGCGUGAGUUGAAGGCGAGCGCUAAGCUACCUGUGCAGCAUCGAGCUAAAGCAGCACUUCGUCCUUCCCGCCGCGGCGGGGAGUCCUUUUUAAUUUAUUUGUGGUAAAAAAAAAGAAUAAAAUACCAGAACACGAGUAAAGACGUGAGAGAGACAUAGUGUGUAAGGACGACUAAACGAUCACAGAGCGACUGAGCGCCAACACGCGUGCGCUCCGCCAUCUUGUUUACAGGAAUCAAACAAAAAGGAAAGAAAAGAGUUAGUUCAACGUGCACUCGGUCAACUCUGCAGCGCGAGAGCUUGAAAAGUGAAACCAUCGACGCAGGUGGUGGCAAAUCCCUGAAAUUGUGCACGGCAUGUUCGCAGCCAUUGCCUCCGGUCCGGACAUAUUUAUACAAGCGAAAUCUCUCCAGUCCUCUUAAUUUGCACGAUGACAUAUAGUCCACAUUACGUGCCUUGCCUUUGAAUAUAGAGACGUCACUACACUUGUUUUUGCUGCAUUUAUCAUUAUAGAAAAAAAAUUAACAUUUUUAUGAUAAGAAUUGUUUUGUACUCUCAAUGAAAUUGUUGAUUUUUAACUUCAUGUACUACUCGAUCUCACCGUUCGUUACAUUGCAUAUCAAGGCUGUGUAUAGUCGCCGUUUAAAGGCUUGUAAUCAACCAGCAUUCUUCUUUUUCAGUAUUUUGGUGGUUUUUCUAAUAACCUGUCACCUGUUUUUGUUGUUUUCUUUUAUUUCUCAACGCUCAUUUUGUUCAUCUUCCAAUUACUAUUGUGGAGGGUGGAAUUCAGAAUUAUGAAAAUUAUGCAAUACCAAGUUUUGCCUAUGUAGGUAGUGCUUAAUAGAUGCGUCAAUUAUUAGAGGCUAGUUUGGAGAUAGAUAAUAUUGUAAUGCAUUUAUUUUGUUGAUAUUGUUGUUUGUCGUUGUUGUUGUUGAUGAUGUUGUUGUUGUUGUGGCUGUUUUCCUUUUUUAUUGACCAAAGUGGGGACUGCUUUCUAUGCAGUGUGUGACAAGGUCUUCUUUUCUUUCUCUCUCUAGCGUGUAGGCAGUCAGACGUGUUCCAGUGUAACUCUAGAUUUGGGAGGUUUCAGGGGGCGGGGCGGCGUUUUUCUAGGAGUGCUUAACAAAUGCACCCAUGGUCUUCCCACGGCUGCAAAGUCACUGAUUGGUCUACUGUGACUCUUCCUUUCAACUUUCCACCGGGGGUGCCAGCGCGUGACACUGAAGGAGCUCAUCUUUUCACAGGAGAGACGGCUUGACUUGAGUAUGACAAUCAUUUUACGAAAUCAUUUUGCCUAGAAUCCCGUUCUGGAACACAGUCGCAUGCGUUUCGUUGGUUCCUCCGUCCCAGUCUAGACGCCACCGAAUGCAAUUCCCAAGUAGAUGCCUUAAACACAUCAGAGAAGUGGCCUGUGAGUUGCGCAACAAUCACAUACCGACUUAUGCUAGUGAGACCUGUCCAAAUCAGCUCCAGACAGGCUCAAGCAAGCCUUUAGAAGUAUUUUAUAAGCAGUAGAUUUGUAUAAAUGUAUAUACGAUAUGCACAUAUAUCGGUUCCCCGGCAGAUCGGCCCGCGGUGUGCGCAGACGUAGGUGUUGGACCACGCCAGCGAGUGCGCGAGGCGUUUACCUGCUUCACGCCCAGCGGUUCAGUAGGAGCUUAAGUAGAAUUCACUAGAUUCAAAUCUAGCACUUAAAUAGCACAUAGGCAAUCGUCUUCUCCCCCUGUGCAGUGUUUUGACCCCAGUCUCAAACUGAAUCUCUCAGGCAUAAUACAGGGCAUUACAUAUAUAUACAUAUAGAUAUAUAUAUAUCAAUCACUAUGUUAAAGUAGGGAACUUCCUGGCAGAGAGAGAAGGAGCAGCCUCCGGUGCUGCUCCACACCUUUUGCACUCUUCCCCUGCAGCCGCUGAGCGAGCGAGCGAGCGAGCGUGUCUCUGGGAGAGAGAGACGGCACUAACGAGAGCUCUCCGGCCGGAGGCAGAGGGCCACGCAGCAGAAAAUGUUUUUGAUAAAAAAAAUACAAUCCUCAAGUCAAGCUCAACCUCUCCAUCUCCACCCAGAUUUCUUAUGCAGGAAACCCCUAGAAAAAGUCACCCCGUUCUAUGUGCACUGUUCUGUCUUCUGUAGUUCUUUUUAAUUCUUUCUAAAAGAAAACUAAGUGCUUUGCAGCCUUUGGCCAUUGAAGACCCCACUGAAGUGCAUUGUCCCAAAGUAUGAGUGUGUGUGUGUGUGUGUGAUGCUACAUGUGUCAGGGUCACUGUGCUGUUGGUGUUUUAUUGACUAGGAGACUGUACAUAAAGGUAAAUAUCAUGACUGUGUCGAUAGCAGUAGUCUGUGGGUUUGAACUCUGCUUUGGCAGCUUGUGUGUGUGUGUGUGUGUGUGUGUGUGUGUGUGUGUGUGUGUGUGUGUGUGUGUGUGUGUGUGUGUGUGUGUGUGUGUGUGUGUGUGUGUGUGUGCGUGUGUGUGUGUGAGAUCGAGUGCCUCGGACACUACACAGUGAGACAAGAUGAGGGUCUUUCUAUCAGAAUAAAAGCCUGCCAUAGGACAGAAGUUUGUA